AGUUUAUCCAGUCAGUUAAGGUUUUUUUCCUCCCUUCAACUGACUGCUUAAUAAUGCUAAUCUUAUUAUAUGGUUGACUGUGACAAGAAACAAAUUAAAAUCAGAUCAGUUCAUGCAGAUUACAGAUGGUUUUAGAUUUCUGGAUUAAAAAUAAUGAAAUAGUUCCACAUUUUCAGUUCCUUGGACAAAUCUCUAGUUUGCACCACUUUAGAUCAGUUUAUAAAUGCCUCUUUMAACAUCCUGUAAUUAUAGGUACCCAACAUUCCUUCAAGGGAUAAUGUAGCCUAUCUAGUAUUAACCAAAAGUCAUUAUGGAAUUACCUAAUAACUACAAAAAACCUUCUGCAUCCUCCGGUAUUAUGUGGAGAGCAGGACUGUCCUCUAGAUUUUACUCUUUAAAAUCUCCAUGUUCAUAUCAAUAUGAUGCAAGGAAAAUAAUACUGUAUUUAAGCAUAAAAAUAAUCAACUAUACAUCACUAAUACUUGCUCUGUUACUACUCCAUGGCUAAGACCCACUGAACAAACAGAACUCACACAGGAAAUAAACUACCUUGCUCUUCCCUGCAGGGGAGAUAAUCAGGCUGGAAAAGUCCUGUGAAGGGUCGUGAGUGGAGCAGGCAGAGGGGAUGCCUUCUCAGGGCCUUAUGUGGCUUUGUGCCAAGGGGAGCACAACAUUUCAGGCCAGAUCCUCCCCAGGGAAAGCCUUGAGCCCAAAUGUGAGCAAGGAUUUUAAUUGGCGCAACUUGGUGAGACAAGGCAAGGUUUCUUUAUUCCGGUAAUGACUCAGGCAUAACUUAUGCACUUGGAAAUUAAAUGUUUUCAUUUAUUGAUUGCCCAAAAUGAGAGCAUGCCAGGCUGCAGAAUUGCUGGAAUUUCAUAAGUACACUUGUGUACCAAGUACUAAAGUGCCUGGUGCUGGAGGAGCAAGGAAAUAACUGAAGUUUCUUCACUUGGAUGUGUGAAAUUCGUGAAUGUUUUCAGAACAGGCAAUGUUACUGUACUUGGACUCCUGUUCUCUGAUCUGAAGCGUGAGUACAACACAAACAUCUGCUGGAGCAUUUAUGGUGGAUUAYAGGGUGUUAGAGUAACAGGAAUAGCAUGCAAACAUAGCAAAUGAAAGUAUUCAUUAUCAAAAUUAGAGGUAGAUCAGAUUGAGUAUGAUCUGUGACCGCAUACUGAGCAAGAAAAAUACAAAUACAUGUUGAAUAAACAGUGCCAGCUGGGCUUAAURAUCUGUAGGAAAAAUAAUAUCCUGUCAAACAUGUAACAUAUAUACAGGAUUAAUCAGGCAAUUUUAAUUUUAGAAUUGCCUUAUCUUUUCCUUCCCUUCAAAAUCUUUUCAGUUCUGUUAAUGUGUUUUGAUUGAGUGAAUAUGUACAAGAUUUUUCUGAUAGUGUAGUAUGAAUUGCAGCCAGAAUUAAUUGCAGCCUUUUGCAUGUUUUCAAUUCAAAGUCCAUAUAUAACCUGACUUGCUUUUUCAGCACCCUCUAGAGUAAGCAGAAWGAUCCAGCAGCCUUUCCUUUCAUCUUAGCUGAGGUAAUGCACUCCUCUUUUUGUUGGACUUCCUGAUACUCUGAACUUUCAAAAAUGUUUGCGGAAGUAUUGACAAAUGGGAAGUUGUUAAAUAAGUGUUCAUAUUAUAAAAACAGUCUUUAAGAUAGUUUCACAUGAAAGCCUUACUUCAGAAAUAAAAGCCAAUCAAACCAAUUGUUAYCUGGCAACCAGGAUAAUAUUGCUACUAAAGUGAUGCAUUACCUGCUAUAACUGCAAAGGGAAUCUCUGGGAAGAAGUACUACAGGGUUAAGCCAGUUCUGUGUUCAUCAGUCUUGCAGGAAAAUCAAGUCAUUGUUUACAUGACAGUGGGUUGGCUCUCUCUUCCUCUCUCAUGGAUCAUCCACAGUGCUCUAUACUGUCUCUUCUUUUUCUUUACAAUUUACCAUAUUUUUACGCUGGUGCUUUUUAUCUUGGAUGCUUAAGUUGCUCCUCAUUCCUCUCUCACUUCUUUUUGCAAUUUUACUUUUAUUAUUUUGCAUAAUUCUCACAAUCCAGUGAGUUUUUCAGCAGUCUGUGCUAAAGCCUAGCCCUUGGGUCACAGGGCUAGGAGAUUAAUCCCUAGAUUAAUAACAUUAAUCUGCUGUUUCCCCCCUGUCCCCAUCUCUGAUCUUACACUUCAGGCCCAGCUGAGCUCUCCCAGGCAGGUUAUGCCAGUGCUGUGAAAGGCAACACCUCUCAGAGAGCUCCCAGUGCUCAUCAGGRUGUAAUUCCAGUGGCCUCCCAGAGCGUGCCCGGGCUGCUUUUUGGKAUGUUGGUAAAACACCAGAAUUCAGCUGCAGCAAGGACCCAGCGAACAGCAGCACACCAGUAACCUCUAAAGGGAACCUGAGGCUUGCGGAAGUUAGUUUUCUGUUUCUAUGACAAUUAAUUUUGAUUUCAAAGAGUGGCAUUAAACUGCCAACAAAAAGGCACCAUUCCCCUCUCAGUUUACAGUGGUAAUUCAUUAUUCAUCGUGCAGAAUUAGAGCUCGACUGAAAGGCUCUGAGGGAGGUCUCAUGCAAUACACCACAGAAGUUCAGUAGUUAAAGAUGCUGUUGAUUCUUUCCARGUGAAAUAUAACUCAAUCUUAAAAAAAAAACCAAAUCAGUUUGAUAGAGUUUUUUUUAAAGCAUGUGAAUUUGUUUGCAAGAGCCAUACGAAAAGAACUGAACAUGGGCUUGAUGUCUGGAAGCUACACUUGAUGUCUGGAAGCUACACUUAUUAUUAUCAUUACUAAUGUCAUAAUAUGUUUGCUGCUGCAACCAAAAACUUUGUUAAACAGGUUGGUGAUGGAGGAAGACUAGUUCCAGUGCCCAGCCUCAGUGAAGCUGAUAGAUACCAACCUCUGAGCCUUGUGAUUAAAAAAAGAAAAUGUUCACUUUCAAAAAAAUCUAAAUUUGCUUCAACACCUUUCACAUUAAAAGACAUUCUUCAAGGAGAGAAAGAAAUUUCUGCAGGUGUCUCAUCUUACCAGUUGCUCAACUACGAAGACAAAUCAGAUGUUUCGCUUAAUGGUAGAAAAGGAAAUCAGAUAAUGAAUGAUGUUGGUUUUGAUGUUGCUGGAUCAGAUUCCAUCGCCUUUAAAGCUUCAUUUGGCAUAGUGACCAAACAYGAAGUUGAAGUACCAACAUUACUUAAAGAACUUACCACAAGAAAAAUAAACUUUGAUCAUUGUCUAGUCCAUCAGUCAAGAAAAAGUAGGAUGGAAAUUUUGUGUGUGGUCAUGGAAAGUAUUCGAACUACAAGACAGUGCUCACUAACUGUCCAUACUGGAAUGCGUGGAGAGACAAUGAGGUUUCAGAUAAUUGAAGAUCAGAAUUCUAAAGGGCGGGACAAAGCCAUUGUUUUUCCUGCACAYACAACUAUUGCUUUUAGUGUGUUUGAACUCUACAUUCAUUUGGAUGGUAAUUUCGAACUUUGUGUGACUCCAAUUUCAAAAGGAGGAUUUGAAAGAGAGAAAUCUGGAUCAUCUUCAUUGACCAAAUUAAGGAGAUUAAAGAAUAAUUUGUUUUAUCGAAAUAAAGGAGUAGUGGAAAUCGUUGCUAACUCUGAUCCUUACUUGGAGGACCUUUUUGCAGAUUAUUAUGAAAAAGCUGCGAGCAUGACUGAUGUCUCUACAAGCUAUCUCAGAGAUGGUUCUCAUAUCCGAAUUAAUUUACUGAAUAACAACAUUCCCAAAGGCCCCUGUGUCCUUUGUGGAAUGGGAAGUUCUAAAAGGGAGACAGUCUAUGGAUGCCUGGAGUGUUCUUUUAAUGGACAUAAGUAUGUACGACUGCAUGCAGUGCCCUGUUUUGAYCUCUGGCAUAAGAGAAUGAAGUAACUGACCUGGGCAAGUGCCCAAGUCACAGACAUGGGCAUAACUGUGCCACAAAC